CGACUCGGCGCCAUCGAUAGCCACGAACAAUCGACAGACCCACCACCACUAUUGUUUAUUUUGUUUUUCGUCGUUUUUGGAUUCUGAUUUAAAUCACCUCGCGGCGAAAAUCGGGAAAUUCUGAGCAAGCUCGUCGUCUAUUUAAAUUCUCAGUGUAAACAACACGACUGGCAUUUAACGCUCCCACCAAAAAAGAAAACCCCACCAAAUCAAGAGCUGCAAUUUUGUGGAUCCUCAAAAUGUGCGACGAGUCCAUUGAAAAUGUGGAGCAUCAAGACCACCAUGUGCACUUCGACACGAACACGGUCAAGGAUGACUUCGAAUCGGACAGCUGUGUGACAUAUCAGAGGUCGGGCGACACGAUUGUGGUGAGCCUGGGCUUUCUGCAGAUCAGACAUCGCUACCUGAUCGAGCUGAAGCUGCCAACGUCGCUUUUCGGCGAUGCCAAGACGCUGGCCAGCAAGUUUGAGCCGGUGAUCAGCGCCACACCGAGUUUGCACUGCAGGAUCACGGAGUUCGAGGGCACCAAGCACGACGAACACGACUUUUUCGAGAUGAAAAUCGAGUUCUUUGCCUACAAGGAGAAGCUGCUGCGCGAGGUCCUUCACAUAGUCAGCUCAUCCAACGCCAAGGAGCUGCUACAGCUGGUGAUCGCCGCCCGAGUGUUGGGAAAGGGCAAAGGAACACCUAUGCUGCGGACGGGAAUCCACUGCAUCGGCGUCGAGAAGGAUGACGAUGAGUCGGAGGCCUCAGAUUUCGCUGGCUUUGACAGCAAGCCCUAAGCUGGAAUCCCAAUUACCGCCUUGCCGCAACUUGUUUUCUUAGUUAAUUGCAAAUAUUUGCAUAGUUCUUAAGUGAAAGAGAAGAAAAUAAUAUGUAACAUUAGCUAUUACCUACACAGUUAUUGUGUACGUAAAACUCAUUCAGCAUUUACAUUUAGGUUUUGGUUUCAGUUUUGCUUAUUGUACUUAACAUUUGUAAAAUAACCGUGUCCGUUUGUGUUGCACGUGAGUGGACGAACUGCCAAUAAUUCUUGACAUUUUGAUUGAUAUUCAAGACCAUGUUAUGCCCAAAAUUCUUGAUUUCGCCAGUAAGAUAAAAAUGUUAAACAGUUUGUCUUUAAAUGAAUUUCGACAUGUAUUAAAGCAAUCUGAACAAUUUAACUGGGACGCAGAGACAGUCCAGCUUAUAUGUUUUUAAAAAUUUUAGAUAUCGCUGUACAUACAUAAAAUCGUAUUUAUUUAUAUUCCAUAUAACUGCACCACAUACAAAUUACUGUCACAAAAAUAUCUGUUUGAAAUAUAUUCUCAGAACUACACAGAGACCAAACUUUGGACCUUUUUCAAAUGUGUAUAGAAAUGUAAUGCAAGCCGAAAAAUUAACUAACCCUGAAGUAUGCAAAACCAGAUGCAAUUUAUUGUAUGACCAAAUCGAAGUGCUCGUUACGUAAAAACUAUAAUCUUUAAUAAAACAGGAUAUUAAAUCUUUUUGACUAUAAUUAGCCCAGAUUUAUAUUUAGAGAGGGCGUUUUGAUAAUCUAAUCAUGUUGAUAACAUUUUGCACUGUCGAUUGUAUAAAAGGCACAGUAACCAAUUAACUAGAUUUUGUAAAUUGUAAUCUUUAAUCUGUUUAAGGAUAACCAAUUGGAUCCCAUUAUCAUACGAAAGAAUACCAUUUAAGUUAAUUAUGGAUUAAGCAAUUAGGGAGCUGCUUAAGAUGCCGUAAAUAAAAUUCGUUAAAAGACCCAGGAGGACUUGAAACUUA